AUGUAAUAAUAGAAUUAAGGAUCCAAAAUUCCAGGUAUUGAAAAAAGAAUAAACAAAAUUGGUAAACCGAAGGGAAUGAAUACUUCAAAGCCUCUAGCUAAAACUGACGCUUGGAGUUCUAAUUAGUAAAGUACACAAGUUAUUUAAACGCUAUCACGUUUGGGAAGAUUUAUUUGUUUUUAACAAACAGGCACAAAAAAACCCCCCAAACCUGACUAGAAUUUAUAACGCAACUAUAAGGUCAAACUAAACAUUUCAGAUGUGCCAGGCAUAUUUCUUAACAAUAACCAAAUAUAACUAGCCAAGCAAAUAGGGAUUUAUUGUGAAAUUGUUGAAAAAUCAAAGAAAAAUUGUGUUGUUUUCUUUUUUGGAUUCAUUUAUCCUGAAUUUGAAAUUAUUGAAGGCAAACCUUAACUCGUGAAUAAAUUUGAUAAAUUUAAAAACUACCCUCCUUUAUUAAAGAUAGCACCGAUGUUAACUGAGAAGUUUUUAAAUGAAUAUUCCCUCUAUUUGGAAUAUUAACUCUUGGGAAGAAACAUUUCUGAAUUGUAUUCUGAACAGACAAAUUAAAAUUUGAAAACAGCAGAAACUAUAUUAUAAUGUCUUUUUACAAAAUACAUAACUGAACUCAAAGAACUCGAAGAACCAGAACAAAAAAAGAAUUUUUCAUCAUAAAUAGAGAAUUAUUACCUCAAUUUUUAUAAUUUACUAGAAACAAAGACUUAAUAUGAAAAAGGUGUUAUUGACUUGCUGGCAUGUAUGCAAAAUGAGGAUGAUGAUUGUGAUUAAUAAUACAUAUAAUAUGAUUGA